AUGGCAUCCCUCAGCCUCAUCUUUUCCUGUGUGGUCUCCAUUGCCGCAGCCAGAGAGGUGCCGGUGAUCGGUGAUAGCUGGACAUCGCCGGAGGAACUAACAGGCUUCAGCGAACACUACAUGGGAAGGCAGUUGGCACGCCUGAACAGCAUCCUCUUUCAGGGGACAGCCAAGACGGUCGAAGGAGGCGGUGCCGAGCAAUGGGUGGUGGCCUUCUGCCCCUCUUGGUGGGAGCCCUGCCAUCAGCUCGAGCUCCUUUUCUCUGAGCAAGCCACAGAGUGGCAGAAGAAGCUCAAUACCGGACAUUUCAAAGCUGCAGUGCGUUUUGCAAUCGUCGACUGCGCGACGGAGAAGGUACUUUGCAACACGGAAAAGGUGAACAUGUAUCCGACGAUUGCCCAGUACAAGGAUGGGCAGCAGAUCCGCCAAGUGAGCUUAAAUCCGAAGCGAAUGAAGCAGAGGCUUCUACCCUGGCUACAGGAAGGCCUCAGACCGCCCCAAGCGGAGCCAGCGCAAACGUCGUCAGGAGCACGAGGAGGCGAUGUGCUCCUAUCUUUGGCCGCCCUCGGCUGCAGCCUUGCGCUGCUUCGGUUGGGAGACAAGAGCGGACCUCCAGCACGGAAGCCCAAGCGACAGGGCUGUGUAGUGGCCUUCAAGGAGAGGAUCGCGCUCAUGCUGGGUCUCGACCACAAGCAGCUCUUCAACUGCAAGGCAAAGGACUGCUUGAACUGCUGGAGCACCGCUCGCUUCAAACCCAUCGAGUUGCUGAUCUGGAAAGUCGAAGACUUGGCAUCCAGCGACCUUUUCCAUGCCAACCACGUCUUCGUUGAGGCGUACAUGGGCUACAACGAGACAAUGCGCACUCGGGUGCACAACAAUGCCGGAAGCGACUGCAUUCUGAAGGAGUCAAUGCAACUCAACUUUGAUGAGGUCCAUGUCAAAGGCAACGGCAAGAAGGACAAGAAGUCGGGGAACCAGGACACCAGUACGACGACCGAGGAAGAUCAAUGGUACACCGCCUCGCAUGACAUGACCGCGUUGCGUCGCAUGAUUCAGGAGUGGACGGGGGAGCGAGAUCUGUCAUGCCUGGACUUGUUCGGAGCCUCAGGAGCGGUCAAACGGACAUGGGCUCAGCACAAGAAGAAGGCCGAGCUCUACGACAUCAAAAACUUCGGCCUUGCGCACGACAUAUGCAGCGAAGGCGGUUUCAAGAACCUCUUGCAGCUCGGCAUGAGGAUCAAAGCUGGAGGUAUCAUCGUCGCAGGACCUCCCUGCUCGUUGUUCAUCUUCCUCUCCUCGCCAAUUCAUCGUCGGAGUCCUGAGCGACCCUGGGGGAACACAGACUAUCGCUCGGUACGACUCGCCAACUUCAUCGUUCAGAACAUGACGACUUUCUUGCAGCUGAUGUCGGAACGAGGGGUGGAGUGGGUCAUUGAGCAGCCUUCCGGUAGUGGCAUGUUCCGGCUCCCUCCGCUGCAGCAGCUGAUCAGCAAAGUCGCAGCUUCCCAAGUAACGACCUACAUGGGAUGCUUCGGCCAUAAAAUGAUGAAGCGGACAAUGCUUGUGGGCACGUUGCCUCUCUUGCGCAACAUGGAACGGUCUCUGCGAGGUGAGGAGCGUCAGCGCUUUCGAGAGAUGCAGAAGAACUUCUACGUCCGAUGCGAUGGCAAGGUGAGAGGCGAGAAGGCCUUGCAAGCAAGUGCAGAUUACACGAACGAGUUUUGUGAAGCAUUGUACAGCUGUUGGCUUUCCAAGUAA